GUUGCGAGAGGGCAGGAGACAGCAGUCUCCCGAGAGUACGACGAACCAAGAGCUCCCUCACGUGUAUACAACGUGAGGGUGGUUGAACGUACCAUGCUUGCAAUAAGCGUAUAGCUUUGUUCUUCGAUCGUUCAGUCGGGCAGGGCAGCGCACGCAGGACUGGCUGUUGAGAACAAUGGCCAACCGGACCCGCUGCAGUCAACUGCCGCCGCUCCCGCAGUUGACGAGGACCAACGCCAGUCCCCCAAGUCCCAGGAAGCAGAUUGUGAUCGACGUGUUCAACAUGUUCGACACCGAUGGCUCCGGAGAAAUCGAGCUGGAAGAGAUGGCCAAGGCAUUCAAGGCGACGGGAAAGCUCACGGACGAGACGAGGGCGCAGCUCGAGGCACACUUCGAGUUCAUGGACAGCGACGGCUCAGGCGAGGUGACCAUCGACGAGUUUCGUGAGGCGCUGGGGCACGGGGAGAUCGCCUUCCGCAACUAUCAACACCAACAGGCGUUCUACUCGCUGGGUCUGACCUUGUGCCAGAACCUCGUGGUCUACCGGAAGCACGUGCUCAACCAGGAGUUCGAGAGCAUGAAGCAACAGCCACCGGGGAGCGCGGUGGGCGGCCUGGAAGAUCAGUUCGAUUGCCUGGUGCGAUCCUUGAUGAUGAGCACCUUCGCGCUCAAAGGCGGGGACAGCGGCGGCGGCAACGACAAGGGGAAGGGGGGCGGGGGACACGAGGAGCAGUGGUCCCAAAGGCGGGGUUGCAGUAAAUACGCCUCCAAAACCUUGAAAGGGAGCGAUGACCAGGCGAGGAACAAUGAGUUGCUGCGCAAGAGGGAGGCCCGCGUGUUGGCCCACGCCUUGAAGGUUGGGCAGACUAGGAGGAAACUGAGACCUCUCCCUGCCAGCAGGGGGCAGCAUCUGCGCGCAGUGGUUCGAAAGGAAGUGGCGGACAUCUGGACGCGCCGAGAGAACCAUGGGGAGCAACGGGGUUUGCAGGCAUCGCCGCAUCGCAGGCCGUUGAAGAAGCUGCCGCAAAAGAUGGCACCGACGAAGCCAAGAGCCCGUGGCCCGACUCCGACCUGUCGCCACCCACCAAGAUGACAAUAAUAAUUGCACCUCUCUCUGUCCUGGUUGCUGGUUACUUUCAACUUGAGGAUCGUGAUCCUUCUCGCGUGGCUCUGGGAAACCUUGUGGACAAGAAAUUUAUUGCCUCCGGCUUUGUGUGGCAGAUGAUUUACUCGGCCUUGAGGUUCAUUCUGACACGGGUUUGUGGUAGCUGGUAGCAAGAAUCACCCUUCUCCUCCGUAGAGAGAGGGGACGCGCUGGGACAACGAAUAAACAAACCCUUGUAUUUGGUAGUAAGUAGAUUUUCUAGUUUGUAAAUAUUCAGCAGACAUGUUCGAUCAUGGUGGCUUUCCUUGCUCGGGUUAGCUAUUACCUGGUAUUCGUCAGUCCAAGGUGUGAGCCCUGGACAUCAACGCGCAAGCGCUUGUCGUUUUAUUCAUAUUUGGGCAGUCUGUACCUCCAGCGGUUACUACCCCGUCGAAGUACAUUACACGUUCGUUUGUGUAUCGUCCAUUUUGUGAGAUUUUUUUUUUGCCCUGUUGUUGUGAUCAAAGCAGCCGCCCUCGCUGUAAAGUUUUGGGAGGACUUGGUAUAUUAUCAGAUGAAGUACUUCGUAAGAUAUACAUACGUCUAUAUAAUAAUCAGGGUAGGCAACUCUUCACUGAUCGAACACGUUUUGCUUGUCGAGCCCCGCC